AUGUCCUGGGCUUGGGCAGCGCCCGUUUUCGAAAAGGACAAGAAGCGCAGAGAUGAGUCUCUCUGCCAGAUUGGCUUGGCGCGCGACGACGACGAGGUGUACUGCAAGAUCGAUACCUGCUCUCGUGAGGUCCGCGCCCAGACCCACGAUAGCAUCAACCCCGCGAUGCCUCUUCUUCACAAAGGCCCAAUCAUGCACGAUAACGAUACCAAGCCGUCACGCCCUGCUGCCGUCCUGCACGAAGACAUUUACACGCUGCCCAACAUCCUAACCUUCACACGUCUCGUCGCUGCCCCGGUCAUUGGCUACCUCGUUCUUCACGACCAGCACGCAUGGGCCGUCGGCCUCUUUGCCUAUGCGGGCGUAACAGAUCUCCUCGAUGGAUGGAUAGCGCGUCGCUGGGACAGCAAGACAGUCGUGGGCACAGUCAUUGACCCAAUGGCAGACAAAACUCUGAUGACGAUCCUGACCAUUUGUCUGGCUGCCAAGGGCGCAUUACCGAUUUGGUGCGCUGGCAUCAUCCUGGGCCGUGAUGUCGGCCUCGCUAUUUCUGCAAUUUACUACCGAUGGAUUUCUCUCCCGCCACCAAAGACAUUUGCCCGCUAUUGGGACUUUUCACUUCCAUCAGCUGAAGUUCGCCCCACGACUAUCAGCAAGUACAACACCUUCUUGCAACUUGCGCUCGUCGGAGUCACGACUGCUGCACCCCUCUUGAGCACCGACUUGUCAUCUGCCCUGACAGUCAUGCAAUACGUUGUUGCUGCUACCACCAUUUGGAGCGGUGCAAGCUACAUCUACACAAAGGAUGCAGUGAAAAUCCUUAAUAAGCAAAACUCUAAAAAAUCCUGA